AUGCAAUCCAAUAACAGAUGUUCUUCAUACGCCUUACAGACUACGUGUCCUAUAAAUCGGGAUGAUGGAUAUAAGAAGCCAUCAAUACGGGACAGAAGAAGUUGUUCACUGAAACCAUGGACGAUUGCCCUUAUUAUCACAGUUGCUGUGAUGGUUCUAGCAAUAAUCAUCGGGCUGCUUGUUUAUUAUUUGGCAUUUGAUCAGAAGUUUCACUAUUACCAAGCCUCCUUUCAGAUUCCCAGUAUUGAAUAUGAUCCUGAUAUUUCAGUAGAACACUCAAAAAUUAGGACAGACCUGAAACAAAAAAUCAAUAAUGAGAUAGAUAAAAUAUUUCAAAGAUCCAGUUUAAAUCAUCAUUACAUCAAGUCUCAUGUUGUCAACUUUAGGUCAAGUAAUGAAGGUUUGAAAACGGAUGUAUUGCUUAAAUUUCAGUUUGUUUCUAAUGAUGCAGACACAGUAAAAAGGCAAGCUGAUAACAUUUUGCUACAGAAGUUGAGAUUAAAUGAAAGCUUCUUGAAGACAGAUACUUCAUCACCUUAUCUUAGAGAUAUAAAUAAAGUACAUGCAGAGCAUAUCCUGAACAGCUGUUGCGGUUUAGGGAGGGAGUUCCCAUCCAUGGAAAGAAUUGCUAAUGGUAAUGUUGCAAAGAGAGCUGAUUGGCCAUGGCAAGCUAGCCUUCAGGUGGAUGGUGUCCAUUUCUGUGGAGCAUCUUUGAUCAGUGAGGAGUGGCUCCUGACUGCUGCUCAUUGCUUUGACAUUUACAAAAACCCCAAACUCUGGAUGGCUAGUUUUGGAACAACUCUAAGCCCUCCACUAAUGAGAAGAGAGGUGCAGUCAAUUAUCAUUCACGAAAACUAUGCUGCCCAUAAGCAUGACGAUGACAUCGCUGUGGUGAAGCUCUCCAUCCCCGUCACAUUUUCCGACGACGUGCACAGAGUCUGUCUCCCAGAUGCUACUUUUGAAGCCUUGCCUGGGAGUAAAGUGUUUGUUACUGGAUGGGGAGCACUGAAAGCAAAUGGUCCCUUUCCCAACACUCUGAGAGAAGCUGAAGUAGAGAUCAUAAGUAAUGAUGUAUGUAACCGCGUUAGUGUAUAUGGUGGUGCUGUGUCAUCAGGCAUGAUAUGUGCUGGAUUCUUGAGAGGAAAACUAGAUGCCUGUGAGGGUGAUUCUGGGGGACCUCUGGUUAUAGCAAAUGAUAGAAACAUCUGGUAUCUUAUUGGAAUAGUAAGCUGGGGAAUGGACUGUGGAAAAGAAAACAAGCCUGGAGUUUAUACCAAAGUGACUCGUUAUCGGGACUGGAUUAAAUCUAAAACUAACAUCUAAUGCAGCAAUCACCUCUGCAACCAAAGUGCAAACGUCAUGUGUAGUCUCUAGCAAAUUGUGUUUAGUAUGUACUGUGAUGUGUAUUGUCAUCAGGUUUCAGAUGCAAAUAACCAUGA